AUGGCCUAUGAACGCGCAGAGCUUGAGGAGGAGCAGUGCUUUGCUAUGUUGGGUGAGCAGUUUGGUGUUAAUCCAACCGACUUGAAGGAACUUGUAACGGUUACCCUAGCCACGUUGGCUUAUGACAACGAUAUGCUGAUGAGGGUGCAACAACUACGGGAAGCAUAUGGGGCAUCUUUGAGGAUAUUUGGGAUAUGGAAGUUCGCCCGGCCUAAUUACCAAAGACUGCGUGACCGCUGGACUGACGAGUUCUUCUCCACGUUCGAUGCAGUUUUCACGUCCUUUGACAUAGGCUUACUCCCCCCCGGGCUGGGUUUUCAUCGGAGCGUACUUGCUUCCACCACUAGCAGCCCGCGCAACGCAAUCCUGUUAGACAAGGACGUGAAGAACCUGACUGCGGCUGGCUUACUCGGGAUACGCGUCGUCAACCUCAGCUUAACGAAGAGCCUCACUCAAUCCAUUGAGAUUAUGCUGGGUGAACCCCUUCCGAGGGCGGUUCGUUUUCUCCAACACAACGCGAAGCAUUUACACCCGUUCACAGAGGACGGCACCAUGCUUCGUGAAAAUUAUUUGCAGCUUUUAAUCUUGGAGGCAACUCAGGAUAAAACAGCCAACUUUUACCAAAAUGAACCCACCAAAUGA